GGGUAUGUGGGCAAUCUUUCCGACGAGCACAAGGAUAAGCUAUAUGAAAUGUGGCGCGCCUACUUCGUGGCUUGUGACGACGCAAAGGGUGACAAGAAGCAAGGCGGCGGCGAGAUGGAGUUCUCGGAGGAGUCGGACCCCACCAAGCUUGGCAUCCCACAGGACGACGCCGCAAAGGAAGAGGCAAAGAAGCGAAUGGAGGAGCAGGGCAUGAGGGAUCUCCUCUCUCAGUACGGCUCUGAAGCCCUCCGUGACACGUACUGGAGCUUCUGCAAGGCCGACAACCCUGACACUACUAUGCUCCGUUUCCUCCGUGCCCGAAAGUGGGAUGUCAGCCGCGCCAUGGCUAUGCUUGCCACUUGCCUCAAGUGGAGACUCGACAGCGGCGUCGAGGACCUCGCUCGCGCUGGCGAUUACGGCAAUUUCCAGUCAAUUCCGAAGUUCUCAGAGCAGCAGAACACCGGAAAGAUCUUUGCGCAGGGCGCAACGGCAAAUGAGGCGCCCAUUUGCUACGUUCGGUUAAAGAAGCACUUCACGUUUGGCCAACCUGCUUCUACCAUGCUCAAGUUCAUUAUUUUCCAGAUGGAGACCUGGCGGCUGUUCAUGGUACCUCCCCAGGACAAGAUGACGAUCCUCUUCGACCUCGACGGUUUCGGCGUCAGGAAUUGCGAUGUCGUCGCCCUGCUCAAUGUCGUCAAGUGCCUGGAGGCCUACUUCCCCGAGUCGCUCGAGAAGAUGUUCAUCCACCGAGCACCGUGGAUCUUCAGCCAGAUCUGGAAAAUGAUCAAGGGCCUCCUCGAUCCCGUGGUGCGCAACAAGAUCGCCUUCACGUCCAAUGUCCAGGGUCUCAACGAGACCAUUCCCUCUGACCGCCUGCUUGAGUGGGUCAAGGGAAGCGUGACCAAUGACUUUGUCUGGAUGGAGCCAACAGCCGAGGAGAAUGCGCUCCUCAAGGACACAGCUGAGCGCGACAGGAGAUGGGACCGUCACCGUGCGCUCGCCGAUGAAUUUGAGAAGCUCACUCGUCGCUGGUCCGUCGACGGCGGCAAAGAUCCAACGCUCAACGAGCAAAGGGAGAUUCUCGUCAAGAAGCUCCGCCUGUCGCAAUUCGAGCUCGAGCCAUACACCCGAGGCCGAACGAUCCACCACCGCAACGGCACUUUGCCUUUGGCAAACCCGGGCAUGGUCAAGUGGGACUACAUCCAGAAGGACGGUGAGAAGCUGCGGCAGAUCAUUGGCCACAAGGAAUCGCGCAAGUCGAUGAUCUACGAGCUGCUGGCCAUCCAAGACGGCGCGUCAGUGGACGACGCAGAGGCAAAG